UCUUUCUUUUCUCUCUCUUCCUGUCACAUUCCUUCACUAUAUAUAUUGCCAUUCUCAUCUCUUAUUUUUCAUUUUUUAUUGCAACUUCUACUUCUUAGUUCUUCCCUCUGGCCAAAUUUUCCAUUGCCUUUUGAAAGUAGGUAACUCUGAAGAUUUUUCACAUUAGCCCCUCUCUCUCUCUCUCUCUCUCUCUCUCUCUCUCCAUAUUAUUGAUUCUCUGGCCUCAUAUCCCAUAUUUCUUGCUGCCUCUGAUCCUAAAUCAAGUUCACCACAGAUCUCUGACCACCUUUGUUUCUCCCAUAACGACCUCCGCCAUAGAUUUGUACGUACCCAAGAUCACUUGUUAGAUCUUCUGAUUCAUAUCUGUACUGUUUCCUCUCCUUAUUUUGUUCUUUCCUCUCACAUUGACAGACAACUCACUUCUGCCAAAUUGCCAGAGAAGAAGAACAUUCCACCUCUGAUCUUAUAAUUUUCUUAGAAUCCCAUCAACCUUCCUUGGAACUUGGAAAAAGCUGCUGCUUCUUUGUCCAGUCUGUCCCCAAAGUUGACAAAUUUCUCUCCACCCCCCUUUUCGGCUUCCAGUUGCAGGUCCUGAUGUUUGAGUCUUUUACAUCUACUGCUCCUUAAUUUCUUCAAGCGACAUGCCAUCAUGCUGUUGAACUAUUCGAACUUUUGUAGGUAUUCUUACUAAUAAUCCCCAUUUCCCUCUAGUUUCUACCCUUUUUCAUCGUCUUUCCUCAGUGGAGAUCGGAGAUUGGUAUUGAUAUGUGCUCAGAAACAAGUCCUCCUAGACUAUCUUUCUCCCAUGAUCUUGACCAAGCAGAAGUUGUGCCAAUAGAACACACCGUGAAUCGAAGAGACUCGUCCCUUUUGGACCCAGAUUCUGAAUUUGAGUUCAGCAUUAGCUGCAGCUUUGAGCAUGAAUCUUGUUCAGCAGACGAGAUCUUCUCCAAUGGGGUUCUUCUUCCAUUCCAAGUUAAAGACAAGGUUAUUGUUUCCCCAAAAGAAAUCCGUACUAGUUCAUGUGAACCUCGGCCUAGUGCUCAACUUCCUCCUCUUCCUUGUGAGAACUCAUCAAAGAAACAAAGCGUGAAAGAAUUGUUGCUUAGAAACUCAGAUAAUUUAGAGAAAAAGCAAGCAUUCAAGUCUUUCUGGGGCUUCAGGAGAAGCUCUAGUCUCAACUCUGACUGCAAGAGAAGCAUGUUAUUCUCUUUACCACUUUUGUCAAGAAGCAAUUCAAUAGGUUCAGUCCCAAAUCCAAAGAGAACAACAUCAAAGGAUGUUCACAAGCACAACUCACAGAAACAAGGGUCUAUUUCCAUGCCAAGGUUUUCAUCUUCUUCACCUGCUUCUGCAAUAUUGCAGCAGAAGCCUCUAUUGAAGAAGAAUUAUGGUGGAUCUUUUAAUGGUACUGCUCGGAUCAGUCCUGUAUUGAAUAUUGUACCACCUUCUUACAUCUCUAAAAGAACUGAAAAUCUCUUUGGUUUGGGUUCUUUUUUACGUGACAGGAAAGAUAAAAGGAGCAAGAAGUGAUUUUCAUUUGUCUUUUUUCAUUGACCAAAUUAUUACAUCUCCAUUUUUGUAAAAAAUGUUAUGGAUUUCUGCUCUUUGCUUAUCUCUGUCAUACCCAAGAACAUGGAAACUUGUGAAGGACAAAGUAUUAUU